AUGCAGCUAAAUAAUCAUCGUAAAGUCGAUGGGGACGCGGGUGCAGGGGACGACGUCGAAAUGACUAUUGUUAAGGCACGUACUGUUCCACUGGGAGAAACUACGCUUGAUCCUAUCAACCGUUUCACCGCCAAUCCUUUGCCUGGUACUCCAAAGUCACAAAGCAUCAACCUUUUUGAUCACUACAUCAACAUCUUCCACACUCCAUCAUCAACACCUCCUAUGAAACGGCCAGCAUCGGAAUCUUCCAUCAGGUCCUUCGAUCUUUGGAAUCCCAUCGGCCCAAAGCGACCUCGUUUCGAUCUCUCCCGUAACCAAACCAUCAACCCACGAAUACUUAAUUUGAACGAAGACCUUCUUUUCAGCAGCGAUCCGGAUUCCAUGGAUCUCGAUUUCGAACCAAAUACCCGUGAGUAUCGUAAGUUCCUCUUCAGAGGGUUCCCGUUAGGAUCCCCUGAAGUCCUCGGAAACGAUUCAGAGUACGGCAUCUCAGAAGAGGAGCGUCAACUACUCAGUGUUCUUGAGUUCUCGAGCAUGUAUCGGAAGAAGAAUCUCGUCUUGACUGAGGCAGAGCGAGAGGAAGCAAUGGAUUUGGCUGUAACCUACCACCAUUCCUUGGACGAAGCAGGCCUCCCAGAGGCCUUGAAGAAACGGCUUAGGAAGGUUACAGCUGAAAGGUUUGAGCAAAAAGACUCAUGGAACAAGAUCAUGACACACCUCAAAAACGUCCAACUUGGACGAGAUGCCAGGUUGGAAUGGACUGAACUCGGGCUCCCUCGUUCUGAAUUGGUCAAAUCUCGAGGCUCGAAGAGUAUGCCCAAUCUGAAGAUUGUAGCCUCCGUCAAAACCAAGGUACAUGGAACAGAAUUGAAUCGAGAAGAGGAUUCUAAAGAAUGGAGCGGUUUUGAGAUCGUCCAGGGGCCUAAGGACGGAGAGAAACCAACCUUCGUCCCGACUAACAAAUCCUGCGUCCCAAGCCUCACAGCUGGACUCACUCGUACUGAUCUCACAGCUACAGAACAUGCCAAAGAGCAGAAGGAAAAGACUGAAAUCCAGCAAAUGCUUGAAGUCAGAUCUCAAUAUAAAAUCACCCCAAGAUCUCCAACUCCUCCUAACCCUCAGGAGAAAAGUUCAGGCCAGAAGGCCGAAGCUGAUGACGAAUCUGUCUUUACCUACGCCCACCUCCAACGCUACGAAAAGGAAUUCAAGAAGGGUACAGAAAACUCCUUCACCAAGGAGAAAGAGAUACAAGAUAAUAUCCGUCGCAUCCAUGCUGAACACAACAAAGAGGCUUUCCGCAAGAGGCAAAAUGACAUCUGGCAUGUCAUUACUCCUACAGCUAAAAUCAACUCUUGGGAGAAGGUUCCACGGGAUCAACAUAGAUACUACACUUUUGGACUCCGAGAGAUUUGUGAUGCCCACCCCGAACAGCGGAUUCUCUUUCUCGAGCAUAACAAGUUGGUAGAGGACUUCGGGCAACGAAAGGGAGAUUUCAAAUACGAGUGUAACGAUCCAUUCGGGAUCGAUCCAUAUUUAGAUGACAACCCGUUCAUCCUUGAGGGGGAAGAUACGGGGGACUAUGCCCAAUAA